AUGGAUCCCAGAUCCAAACCCAAACAGGUAUGCUACGCGUACGCCCGCCACGGCCACUGCAAAUUUAAGAAGAACUGCAAAUUCAGCCACGUUCAGCAAGCCCCCCAGGGCACUCGCGCUCCAAGAAACCACAACAGCAGCAACAACUACAACAACAACUACAACAACAACAACAACAACAACUACAACAACUACAACAACUACAACAACUACAGCAACUACAACAACUACAACAACAACACAAAUGACUUACUCACCUGGAAACGUCACCUGCAGCAGAACGCACGUCCCCACUACAAACCCCACAGCCUCAAACACUUCUUCCAGACAGCCCUCAGGCUCAUCUCCAUCGACCCCAACACCCAGCAGGAAGUCAUCCGCAGCCUAUCUACCGAAGCCGGCCUGCGUCAGAUUCACUCGCUCGUUGAGCGAGACUACAACAACGACAUCCCUUUCAUAAACGACAACAACAACGACGCCACAAAAGUGGCCAUCUACACCAACGAGGUAGCCCCGUUCCUCGCGGUCGUCACGCACGCAGACGUGCUUGCCUCGUUGGUCCUCGAGCAGGCUGUUGUCACUAUCUACAAUUUCCUGUUUGGGGUUGCCGGCCGCCGCGCGGUGCCCUUUUUGGAGUUCCUGGCGGAUGUGGUUCAGCUGUUGGUCCGUGAGGGUGAGGGAGAGACUGAUGCUGAUUCUGGCUCCGGUCCUGACCCCGAUCCUGUAGGGGCUUGUAUCGACGCCGCGUUGUCAGUCUUCUGGCAUAUCGUGGAGAAGAACUCUACAGCGUUUGUGCAAGAGCCGCUGAAGCAGAUUGCCGUGCGAUACCAGACGCUGUGCAAGACCGCUGUGUCGCCGUCGCCGCAAGCACAAACGCUCCUGGACAGACUGCUGCGGCGGUUCGAGCUCGUAUCGGACAUUUCUGUGCAACCCACGCAGAAAAAUAGCUGCAGCAGCGCUGCAGCAGCGUUUAUCGUGAAGAAAGACCCCCCCGGCGGGCGCCACAACAAUGACCACAUGGAUAUCUGCAAUGUGAAAAUCCUGCCCACCUUCCAGGAGAUACUGAGCUCGCGGACAGAGUACCUCCCCGUUAAGGAUCCACGGCAGUGGCACGAAGGCGGGAUUGCUGGGCUUUUGGACAGACACUUUCGGUUGCUCAGAGAAGACACGGUGGGCCAGUUGAGGGACGCAAUCCAUGCCGAGUUGCAGCCAAGCACGGUUGAUUCUCGUGGUAAGAAGAAUAAUAAAAACCAGACGAGAACGCACGUGUACAAAGAAGCCACGAUCAAACGUCUGGGUUUGGACCGCUUUGCGGGUCUACGCGUGCUGCUCGACUUCCCACAGCCGCUGAACGUCCGCGGGAAGAGCAAGGCCCAACGGCGGGACUGGUGGGAGGCUUCGAAGCGACUCCAGACGAGCGCGUUAGUGUGUCUGGUCCGGUCGCCUGGAUUCGCUAUUUUCUGCACGGUGGCAGGGCCAGACCGGCCGAGGCCGUUGAGACCGGAUGGAGAACAGCGGCAGCAGCCCACGCAGCUAAAAUCGUCGCUCUGGGAAGAUGAGAAUGUUGCGUCAAUUAUCGUCGAGCUGGCCGAGCCAACGGAGGAGAAUAGGCUCAGUGUCAUGGGCUGCCACGGUGCCAACGAUCGCAGGGGGGCAAUCUCGCUCGUGGAAUUCCCGGGCGUGCUUCUGCCGUCGUUUCAGCCGACUUUGCUGGCGCUCCAGAAUAUGAAGGUUGAUUCGAAUCUCCCGAUGCCGGAAAUCCUGGUCGCUGACGCGGGAGAUACCGCUAACAACGUUGAUGUGCCUCCACCGGCAUAUGCCAGCAGGCCUGGGUUCAGCUUCAACCUGAAAUGUCUCAUGGACGAUAGGUCAACUCUUGAGGUGCGGCCGUCGCAGCCGGUUGACUUGGAGAGACUACAGCAGCACUCCACGCUCGAUGCGGGACAGGCCAAAGCCCUGGUCCACACGCUGCAGCGGCGUGUCGGGCUGAUCCAAGGCCCGCCAGGCACGGGAAAGAGUUACACCGGUGUUGCGCUGAUCAAAGUCCUCCUAGCUAACAGGACCAAGAUACGCCAGUUCGGGCCGAUCAUAUGUGUCUGCUAUACCAACCAUGCGCUCGACCAGCUGCUGGAGGAUGUCCUGGAAAGCAAGAUCACAAACCAGGUUAUCCGCAUUGGCUCGCAGUCGAAAUCCGAAAUCUUGCAGUCAAAGAAUCUCCGAGAGGUCUCGCGAGACGUCGACUUGACGAGAAUUGAGAAACGGGAGCGGUACGACCUGCAAACAGAGUUCGAUAAGCAUGAACAAGACUUUGAUGCCCUCCUGUUGGAGACUUCUUCCAGCUUAAAAAAUUACAUCGCUGAUCGCGAUCCACAACAUUUCCGCCAGCUGUGUGGAAUAGAUCAGGAUGGCUUCCAACGAGCUUCGAAGCGCGGAUCACAUAAGACCAUAGACUCGUGGUUGCAUUCUGGCAAAGCAAGCAAGGGCAAGCCUCGCAGCUUGAACGAGUUGAAGGAUGUGCACGUCGACGAGAUGACAGCAAGAGAACGCAUGAUUCUCCACGGCCAUUGGAGCAAAAGAAAUUGGGAAAUUCUCCAUGCUGAGGCGAACGCAAUCUUAUCCGAACAUCUAGAGACCAAGCGUGCGUACGACGAUAUCAAAGACGAGGUCAACCUCCGGUGUCUUCGCGACGCCCAUGUCAUCGGGGUCACGACAACCGGCCUAGCCCGGAACCUGAAAAUGCUCCGCCGACUACAGUCCAAAGUUAUCUUAUGCGAAGAGGCAGGCGAGGUCCUAGAAGCUCACAUGCUUACCUCGCUGCUACCGUCCGUGGAGCACGUCAUCUUAAUCGGAGAUCAUCAGCAGCUCCGGCCACAGAUCCAAAAUUACGCGCUCUCUCGCGAGAGUAACGUCGGCCAACAGUACUCUCUAGACAUAUCGUUAUUCGAAAGGCUAGUCCAUCCGGACGACAACAGUGGUGGGAGAAUCCCGUUCUUCACGCUGGAGACGCAGCGCCGCAUGCACCCGUCAAUCGCACAGUUGGUUCGGGAUACGCUGUAUCCGCGGCUGCAAGACGCACCCUCUGUCGGCGAAUAUCCCGAGGUCACGGGGAUGCGGAAAAGGCUGUAUUGGCUCGACCAUCGGCGGCUUGAGGGCAAAGCCUCCGGUGACGAGGCGGCCAGCACGUCCCACUGGAAUGACUACGAGAUAGAUCUUACAUUGGCCCUGGUCAACCACCUUCUCCGCCAGGGAGCCUACCGUAGCGGCGACAUUGCGGUCUUGACGCCGUACCUAGGCCAGCUACAUCGGAUGCGACGGAGACUGUCCCAGUGUUUUACCAUCGCGCUUGGGGAACGCGACCAGGAAGACCUCGACAAAGCGGGAUUCGAAGACGAGGACACAGCCAACAAGGAAGAGGCACCAACAAGCGCAACAUUUACCAGGUCGACCGUCCUCCAAGCUUUGAGAGUCGCCACCAUUGAUAACUUCCAGGGCGAGGAAGCCAAAGUGGUGGUCAUCUCCCUAGUCCGAAGCAACAACCAGAACCGGUGCGGGUUCCUCCGUACGCCAAACAGAAUCAACGUCCUGCUCUCCCGCGCACGACACGGCAUGUACAUCAUCGGCAACUCCGAGACCUCAAGAGGCAUUGGAAUGUGGGCCCAGGUGCUGGAUAUCCUCGACAACGGGGGCAAUUUCGGGCCGACUCUGGACUUGCAAUGCCCGCGUCAUCCGGACUCGCCCAUCGCGGUAUUCGAGCCAGAGCACUUUACGCAGUUCUCGCCCGAAGGAGGCUGCGACCUUUUGUGUGGAAAGCGCUUGCAGUGUGGCCACCCGUGUAAGCAGAAAUGCCACUCUGAACUGCUCCACCAGGCGGUCUAUUGCCUCGAGACCUGUCCACGGCCUUUGAAAGGAUGCACCCACGCGUGCCCCAAGCCAUGUGGGGAUCCGUGCCCCAAGAGAUGCCCGAUCGAAGUGUAUGACGCCGAAAGAGUGCUGCCCUGCGGGCAUUUGAUGGCCACUCUCCCUUGCUGGCAGGCUCAAGAUCUCAGCACAGUAAAGUGCCCAAUGCCUGUCAAGAAGCAAGUCCGCCAUUGCGACCACGAGGUGACCGUUGCAUGCCACAUCGACGUGACGAAUCGCGAAUACAAGUGCUCUCAGCAAUGCCGCGGCAUUCUGCCCUGUGGCCAUACCUGCAAGCGAGAGUGCUGGCAGUGCACGGUCCAUGGGGCCGAGGAUGUCCAAGUUAACCAUGGGAAAUGUACCGAAAAGUGUGGCCGGCCGUAUACCACAUACUGCGCAGUCCAGUGCGGCCACUCCAGGUGUCCGCGAAAAUGCUCGGAGCCAUGCGCCCCGUGUGCGGUGCCCACGUGUCUGUCGGCCUGUCCUCAUAGCGCCUGCACCAUGCCCUGCGCCGCUCCGUGCGACCAUACACCGUGCUCCCUCCGCUGUGACAAGGUCCUUUCCUGUGGCCACCGGUGCCCGUCGCUGUGCGGGGAAGUCUGUCCCAGUAAGAAGUAUUGCCAGACCUGCGCAACCGACGAGAUUGCCGACAAUGCCGUUGAUUUCAUUCUGGGCCUUACCUAUCGGGAGAUCGGUCUUGACGAGAGCCCUUGCAUCUUUCCUCCGUGUGGCCAUUUUCUCACCGUGGAGAGCAUGGAUGGGCAGAUGGAUCUUGGAAAGCACUAUGUUAUGAACGAGAUGGGAACGCCCGUUGCCAUUGCAUCGUCGUCAGCGCCAUUCUCCAGUGAUGAUAGAGUCCAGACGUGCGCUACCUGCCGAGGCUCAUUGAGAAGUAUCGCCCGCUACGGGAGACUGGUAAGGCGUGUACUGCUAGAUGAAUCCACAAAGAAGUUCAUCUUGUAUCUGAACCAAGCAUAUGUGCCAAUGGCCGAGAAGCUGCCGCAGCUGAUCGCAGACCUCCAAAAUCGGGAACUGGGGCUCGUGGCCCGAGUUUUCCGGAAAGAGAUGACGAUCAAGAUCCAGGGACCUCCUGACCAUCAAGUCGGGCUCAUCAACAGUCAUUUCAGAAAGUGCGGCAGCACAAGGUGGCAGGAUAUGAACCAGCUGAGGGGCCAGGUUGUGGCAUACUACAAGAAGGUGGAUAUGGAGGAGCAACCGUUUACCCAGGUGUGGAGCCGCGUGGAGGAUGCACGUCGGCGAAAACGAACCACCGGGCAAUUACCCAUGGACGAAAGCGUACUUCAGACAAAAGGCAGCAUCCAAGCACUGUCGCUGUUGAUUCGCUUGGACACCGCCCUCCUGGGAGACUUCUUCUCGCUGCAUAAGCGAGCCCAAAACAUACAGAGCACACUGGAAGUCAACUUGCACGCAAACCGUCAGCAGUGCCAGUCCUUGAUAGGGAUGGCCACCAGUACGCGCCGAGUGCUGCAGCAAGUCGAGGGGAAUCUGUACCAGGCUCAACUGUGCGCUCUAGAGCGACAGGCCAGCACCGAGCCCGGUCAGUCUGAGAACCUUCUCCAAGAAGGGAAAGCGGCCCUCGAUGCGGCCAAGCUGCUGUGCGAGCGAUAUCCCAAUCAAGCGCGCGGGCUCGACGGCGAAAUUGAAGGCACGGAACAGAUGCUCUGCACAGGGACUUUCUACGCCCCGAUCACCAGCGAGGAACGCGUCGCGAUCGUGAAGGCCAUGGCUCGGGAGUUCUUAGGUACUGGACAUUGGUAUUACUGCGAGAAUGGCCACCCCUUCACUAUUGGGGAAUGCGGAGGCGCCAUGCAACUGUCCAGAUGCCCUGAAUGUGGAUCGCCCGUGGGUGGCCAGCACCAUCAAACUGCCACCGGGGUGACGCGUGCCAUGGAUUUGGAAGAGAACUUGGGAAGGCUGCAGUUGGCAUGA